CUGCGCUUCGAAUUUCGUACCAAGAGGCUUCUCUUCGAUCAGGCUCUGCUGCCGAGCGCAGCCAACCGCCGGUGCGCGUUUUCUUGCACAGUGCACGUACACACAUAGGCGAGACGACGGUGCGCAUCGACGAAUUAGAGUAAGAGCGAGAGAGAAAAGGAGGACUUGUGGCAUAAACUAGCAGCAGUCUUUCUCACUCACACACACACACGCAUACGUAUAUAUAGAUAUAAAAGUAUAUUCAGCCGCGUAUAAUACACACUUACAUCAGCGAGCAAGCUGACGAGUGAGCGCGUCCGUGUGUUCGUCGUCGUGCCAGUCGUACGUAUAUAGUCGCGGCAGGCAGCAGCAGCAACUCGUAUACCAGCCGCAGCAAGCUGUGCCUCGUCGUGUAGUAGUGUGCUCGCUUGUGCGAUUCCCCACUCUCUCGCUCUCUUUCAUAUAUAUCUGCACCUCUGCUCUGCCUUCGGAGAUACGCUCACUCACACACGUCGCAGACCUCGUCGUCGUGUAGGCUCUGUCUCUCUUUCUCGGUGCGCUCUCAUAGUGCUACGUCGUCGUCGCCGUCGUCGUCGUCGACAAGAAUACGCCUAUAUUCUCGCAGCAGAUUAUUAGCAGCCAGAGCAAAAGGAGCCGAGUCGCGACUCCGAAAAAUCGCCUGCAUAUUCGCAGUGUGUGAGUGUGUGUGCAAAACUUGUGCAGUGUGCAGUGGUGCUCUCGUGUGAGUGUGCAAAAACCCGUGCGUGUAUGUGUGUCUGUGUCUUCGUGCCUGUGCACUACCCACACUUUUUGUACAUUUGUGAUCAACUGCUCCUUUUUGCAGCCAGUUGAUUGCAGUGAUUGUAAAAGUGCUCCAGUGUAUACCAAGCCUGUAUGAUAGUGCUCUCAAGCCAGCCUUCAAGUAAUUCGGUCCAGUUUAAAGUGAUCUGUUUUAUGCUCCAAGAGGUAGAGGCAGUUGAGUUGUGUUGUGCCUGGUGAUGUGAUACUCCAAGUUUCGAGUCACAUGCUGUGCUGAGAAAUUUGUGAGCCGUGAGGAUACACAUGAUCAACCCAGUAACUAGCUAGAGACUAGUUGUGCUUCUUAGCUGUGAUUCAAAGUCAGUGCCUGCUUAAGGCUGAGCACGCUAAUAUUCCUUAGCGAGCAGGAAUUGGAGAAAAUACUGCAGUGUGGCCAAGGUGGCGGCCAGUGCAGAAGUAAUUGUCAGAAUGAGCGGCCGACCCAGGACAACUUCUUUUGCAGAGGGUAAUAAACCCCCAGCAAAUCCUCCACUCGGUGGAAUUAAAAUAAGCAAUGAUUUGGAAAGCUCCCUCAAAGAGGAAGUUAAACAGAAUGAGCCACCGGCCCCGCUUAUUGGCAAAGAUGGCAGCAAGGUGACAACGGUCGUGGCGACACCCGGCGCUGGACCCGAUCGUCCGCAGGAGAUCGCCUACACGGACACCAAGGUCAUUGGUAAUGGCAGCUUCGGCGUCGUCUACCAGGCGAAGCUCUGUGAGACAGGCGAGACCGUGGCUAUCAAAAAGGUCUUACAAGACAAAAGAUUCAAAAAUCGAGAGUUACAAAUAAUGAGGCGCCUCGAACAUUGCAACAUCGUCAAACUAAAGUAUUUCUUUUACUCCAGCGGUGAUAAGAAAUUUUUAUUGCAGAAAGACGAGGUUUACCUGAAUCUAGUUCUGGAAUACAUACCUGAAACUGUAUACAAAGUAGCCCGGCACUACAGCAAGAGCAAGCAAACGAUACCCAUAAGUUUUAUAAAGCUGUACAUGUACCAGCUUUUCCGUUCAUUGGCAUACAUUCACUCGUUAGGGAUUUGUCACAGAGAUAUUAAGCCACAAAAUUUGCUACUCGACCCGGAGACGGGUAUCUUGAAGCUUUGCGAUUUUGGUUCGGCUAAACAUCUCGUCAAAGGCGAGCCUAAUGUAUCUUACAUUUGCAGUCGCUAUUACCGAGCUCCAGAGUUAAUCUUUGGUGCGAUCGACUACACUACUAAAAUUGAUGUCUGGAGUGCUGGUUGUGUUCUCGCAGAGCUUUUGCUCGGUCAGCCAAUUUUCCCCGGUGACAGUGGUGUCGAUCAACUAGUGGAGAUAAUUAAGGUCCUCGGAACACCAACCCGUGAUCAGAUUCGGGAAAUGAAUCCAAAUUAUACUGAAUUCAAAUUCCCUCAGAUCAAGUCUCAUCCUUGGCAAAAAGUAUUCAGGGCACGCACGCCACCAGAAGCAAUGGACCUGGUUGCCAGUCUGCUGGAGUAUACGCCCUCGCGGCGUAUGACACCGCUGAGCGCUUGCGCCCACAGCUUCUUCGAUGAAUUGCGCGAGCAGGGCACGCGACUACCGAACGCUCGGGAGCUACCGCCACUGUUCAAUUUCACCGAGCACGAGCUCAGGAUUCAGCCUCAGCUGAACAGCGUGCUCAUUCCUAAACACAUUGAGCAGCAGCCGUCUCCAGCGACGACCCAGGCCGAAGCCAGCAGCGCAUCUGCGGCGGCGUCGAGCACAGCCGGCCCGACUCCCGGUACGCCCACCACGGCCGCGUCCGCUGCCGGCGGCAACGGGACCGAGACCGCUGCAGCCAACGCCGCGGCACAGAAUGCCACUGACUCGAGCCAAUCUAACAUGGCUUAAAUGGUGUGUUCAUCCUUGAAGAACAGACUUUUUCUCAUCUUACUUUUCAACUGGCUCUUAUGACACUUUCUUCAGUCGACCGCAACAAUAACUUGGACACUCUUCAAAGCAUCAGCAAUUUAUGUGGAUUAAUUACACCAAAUCCAAAUACCCAUACAUAAUCAUCGGCGUGAGAUAUACAAGAAAAAUACCAAGAUGGGCACCUAUUUUUCAUAAAUCUUUCAUAAAUAAGGUAAACGAGCGCAACUCGUUUAAUCUUCAAUGCUUCAAUUGUCAAGAUUUGCAUUCAUAUAAACGUGCAUACAAAUCUUCAAUCUUAUGCGACGAAAUAAGACAAUUUCUCUUAAAUUGUGUUUCAAUUUAGGAGGAACGACACGUAGGUGCAUGAACACAUGCAUUCAGAGAUGUUUGCGACUAUGUUUUAAU